CUCGUAUUUAAGGACUAGCUGUACAUUACCUCGGUAUAUCACGACUACACGCCUGUUUCCAGGGACGUAAAAGGCCAUCCUUGUAUGAGCCACAGUGUUGUUAUUAUUAAUUACCAUGCCAUAAGGGGUCGAGACUAAUCAACGUACCCACGAUGUUAAAAGGGAGAGAGAAAGAUUCCGCUCAUGUUCUUUACGGUUUGUUGCCUGGAGCUAGAGUCAAUGAAGCCAACAAAAAAAUCACGAUCAACACUGGGACCUCGAAUGAGACCGUCAUUUUCAAUGUGGGUGGAUCACGGUUUGAAACCUACAGAUCCACACUUAACAGCCUCCCGUUCAGCAAACUGGCGGACGAAACCUUCCUGGAGAAGUAUUACAGGGAGGAUAGGAAGGACUACUUCUUUGACCGGGAGCCUGAUGGUUUCAAGGCGAUAUUGAACUACCUCCGUACGGGGGAGCUGCACCUCCCUGCCUGGCUUUGUGCAGCUUCGGUCAAAACUGAACUCUUAUUUUGGGGCGUGGAGGAGGAUGAGAUUGAGGAGUGUUGCUGGGUGAACUACAGUUCGAUGACGACGACGUUGGAGUCGUUGAGGAAGUUGGAGAAGGACAGGAAGGGGACGUUGGGGCACGUUGAGGAGAAUCGGAAUGAUUCGUCUUCUAAGUGGCAGAGGAUUCGUCAAAAGGGAUGGCGCUUUUUGAACAACCCACGAUCAUCAUUAUGGGCUAAGGUAUUUGGCGCAGUAUCAAUGACGUUUGUGGUCGUAUCUAUUUUCGCAUUCUGCGCAGAGACACAUGACAGUUUUCAUACUUCCGUUUCACAACCUGGCUCACAAAUGUCCUUGAAGAACGGAAGUGACGUCAACGAUUCCCGUGGUGCCUCUGACGUCUACAUCCAUCCAUCGCUGUUUGUCAUUGACGUCACAUGCCUGACCUACUUUCUUUUCGAGUUUACAACAAAGUUCCUAUUCUCCCAGAGCAAAGUAAAAUAUUUCAUACUACCAAUGACAAUAAUUGAUAUCAUAGCACUGAUUCCGGAUAUCGUCGAGACGUCGUAUCGCCUGUCAACGUCCGACUAUUACUCACGUGACACUCUCGACGUACUUCCGGUUCUGCGCGUCACAAGAGUCUUUCGUAUUUUACGUCUUAUUCGUCACAUUUCCGGUUUGUGGAUCCUGUUCUAUACACUCAAGGCAAGUUUAAGAGAACUGCUCCUGAUGCUGCUGUUCUUGUUCGUGGGGAUGCUGUUGUACUCUUCUCUCAUCUACUUUGCGGAUGACCGGAGCACGUUUACCAGCAUCCCUCACGGGUUCUGGUGGGCACUCAUCACCAUGACAACCGUUGGUUAUGGUGACAUGUUUCCUGUGACGAACGUUGGCUACCUUGUAGGAUCAGUGACUGCAGUAUCAGGUCUGUUAAUGAUUGGGUUCACAGUUCCAGUACUGGUAAACAACUUCUUAUUGUACUACGGUCAUACACAAUCAGCAAUGGUGAGAGAACAGAACAGGGAAAAGAGGAUCAAGCGCAUGGAAGCACAAUCAAGGAAACGCAGACCAACUCUAUUCUCUAUUUCAUCAAAAGUGCUUCCGAAAGCGUCCAUCAUCAAAAAUGAGCCAGUGUUGGCUUCGAUGGCCCAGAACGCGUCAAGACGUGCUGUCAAAAGCUACCACUCAAGGUUAGCUACAUUGUCAGGGAUCGAGUCAAACAGUGAUGACAUGACAAAAAAUGUGCCAACGUUUGCUUCGAUGGCAAAAAAUGCCUCAAUAAUUACUGACAAGACAAAAACGUCAACUGCAGACAGCGUGUCAGUGACUACCAACAAGACAAAAACGUCAACUGCAGACAGCGUGUCAAAGACUAUCGACAAGACAAAAACGUCAACAGCAGACAGCGUGUCAAAGACUAUCGACAAGACAAAAACGUCAACAGCUGACAGCGUGUCAAAGACUGGUGACAAGACAAAAGCGUCAACUGCAGACAGCAUGUCAAAGACUACCGACAAGACGAAAACGUCAACAGCAGACAGCAUGUCAAAGACUGUCGACAAGACAAUAACGUCCACAGUAGACAGCGUGUCAAAGACCAGCGACAAGACAAAAGCGUCAACUGCAGACAGCAUGUCAAAGACUGUCGACAAGACAAUAACGUCCACAGUAGACAGCAUGUCAAAGACCAGUGACAGGACAAAAGCGUCAACUGCAGACAGCAUGUCAAAGACUGUCGACAAGACAAUAACGUCCACAGCAGACAGCGUGUCAAAGACUACCGACAAGACAAAAGCGUCAACUGCAGACAGCGUGUCAAAGACAACUGACAAGACAAAAACGUCAACAGCAGACAGCGUGUCAAAGACUACCGACAAGACAAAAACGUCAACAGCAGACAGCAUGUCAAAGACAACCGACAAGACAAUAACGCCAACUGCAGACAGCGUGUCAAAGACAACUGACAAGACAAAAACGUCAACAGCAGACAGCAUGUCAAAGACUACCGACAAGACAAAAACGUCAACAGCAGACAGCGUGUCAAAGACUGGUGACAAGACAAUAACGUCAACUGCAGACAGCAUGUCAAAGACUACCGACAAGACAAUAACGCCAACUGCAGACAGUGUGUCAAAGACAACUGACAAGACAAAAGCGUCAACAGCAGACAGCAUGUCAAAGACUACCGACAAGACAAUAACGCCAACUGCAGACAGCAUGUCAAAGACAACUGACAAGACAAAAACGUCAACAGCUGACAGCAUGUCAAAGACCAGUGACAGGACAAAAACGUCAACUGCAGACAGCAUGUCAAAGACUACCGACAAGACAAAAACGUCAACAGCAGACAGCGUGUCAAAGACAACUGACAAGACAAAAACGUCAACUGCAGACAGCAUGUCAAAGACUGUCGACAAGACAAAAGCGUCAACUGCAGACAGCGUGUCAAAGACAACUGACAAGACAAAAGCGUCAACUGCAGACAGCAUGUCAAAGACUGUCGACAAGACAAUAACGUCAACAGCAGACAGCGUGUCAAAGACCAGCGACAAGACAAAAGCGUCAACUGCAGACAGCAUGUCAAAGACUGUCGACAAGACAAUAACGUCCACAGCAGACAGCAUGUCAAAGACCAGUGACAGGACAAAAGCGUCAACUGCAGACAGCAUGUCAAAGACUGUCGACAAGACAAUAACGUCCACAGUAGACAGCAUGUCAAAGACCAGCGACAGGACAAUAACGCUAACUGCAGACAGCAUGUCAAAGACCAGCGACAAGACAAAAACGUCAAGAUGCUGACUGGAUAGAUACGUCAACAUCAGUCUAAAGCAUGCAAGACAAUGUUGACCUCGAUGGCAGUGUGUGCAAAAUUGUUGUCAAGAUAGAAUGGUCAAUGCUAACUACGAUGGCAGACAAGCUGUCAAGUCAGAGAUACGUCGAUGUUUUCAAUUUGUAAUCAAUGUCUAGAUUUCACUAUGUUUUAAGUACAAUCGAGCAUGCUCUUUCCACGAAGAUUUUAAAGAGCGACUCCUGAUCAAUGUUACAUUCAAGGCCAUAUUAUGGAUUUCAAAAGGUUCUAUGAUAGACAUGCAGCGCUCGAUCUAUAAUAAUUAAGAAAGACUUGCCUUCGCAUGUGGUUGUGUCCAUGGCAGGCAAGCUGUCCAAAUGUGCUGACAAAUCAAAAACGUCAAUGUUAACUUCAAUGGCAGACAAGCUGUCCAAAUGUGCUGACAAAUCAAAAACGUCAAUGUUAACUUCAAUGGCAGACAAGCUGUCCAAAUGUGCUGACAAAUCAAAAACGUCAAUGUUAACUUCAAUGGCAGACAAGCUGUCCAAAUGUGCUGACAAAUCAAAAACGUCAAUGUUAACUUCAAUGGCAGACAAGCUGUCCAAAUGUGCUGACAAAUCAAAAACGUCAAUGUUAACUUCAAUGGCAGACAAAAUGUCCACAUUAGCCGACAAGACGUGGUGAGGUGGAAUUGGGUUUAACGUCGCGUCCAAGAUUAUUGCACUUAUAUAGCGACGUGCAUGUACGUGUGUAUGUGUGUGUGUGGCUGCUUGUAGUAGUCCGGACUGAUGCCGAUUUAUAGUGCCAGCACA